AUGGUUUCUCUUGCAGAUUUAGUGAAGAGUUUGAAUAUUGCCUUUAGCAAUAAAGAUUAUGAAAGUUGUGAAAAAUUAUUGGCUCCAGUUAAGAUUGAACUUAUAAAGAGUAAUCUUUUGAUUCCUGAUUUAACAAACACGAAUGAGGUGUAUGUUAAUGAUUUAAAUAUUGCUAAAAAAAUUUUAGAGAUUGGAGCUUUGGUUAGUAUUUAUACUUUAAAAUUUGAAAAUUUCCAAAAUUAUUUUUCACAAAUUAGGGUAUUUUAUUUUUGUUCUAAUCCAAAAUUGAAUGAAUCAGAGUAUAAAUCUAAACUGAUUAGUCUAUAUUUGUUGAUCCUUUUAUCACACGGUGAUACUUCUGAAUUCCAUUCAGAAUUAGAAUAUUUAAGUAAGCAUAUCACUAAUUUAGAGGAUGAUUCAUUAUUAUCAUAUCCAAUUAAGGUUGAAAAAUGGUUGAUGGAAGGUGCUUAUCAAAAAUCAUGGGAAUUAUUAGAAGCAGGUUCGAAAGUACCUGAAUUUGAUGUGUUCACAGAAACAUUGAAAAUAGCAAUAAGAGAAGAAAUAGCUCGUAACGCAGAAUUAUCAUAUGAAGAAUUAAGUUUAACAAAUAUAAAAGCUUUGUUAUUUUUAGAGAGCGAAAAGAAAGCAGAAGCUUUCGCUAUUGAAAGAGGUUGGAAAAUAGUAAAGGGUAACGUAAUCUUCCCCGGAGAAGAGCCAGAGGUAGAUAAGGAAUUAAAGGAAUUGGAGAAGGCUGAAAAACAAGAAUCUACGCUAAUUGAAAAAACAUUAAACUACGCCAUAAACUUGGAAAGCAUUGUAUAA